CGAGAUUUUACGCAACGUGGUUUUACCGUAGGGAUUGGCGGACCCGUGGGAUCCGGUAAGACGGCACUCGUCUACCGGCUUUGCCAAGAGUUUGUUGGAAAGCACGACAGCGAGUCGCAUGACGACUUGUACUUGGGUGUCGUGACUAACGACAUCUUCACCCAAGAAGAUGCCGAAUUCUUGACCCGACAAGGGGUCUUGCCAGCGUCGCGCAUUCGAGCUGUCGAGACCGGAGGGUGUCCUCACGCGGCUAUUCGAGAAGACGUCUCGGCCAAUCUUGCCGCUCUGGAAGACUUGACCCGAUCUGCAACCACGGAGACUACCAAAAACAGGGACGGUAGCCACUCACAGUCAAUUAUGCCCUUGCUCUUGUGCGAAUCGGGUGGAGACAAUUUGGCCGCCAACUUUUCGUCCGAAUUGGCCGAUUUGACAGUUUACGUGAUUGACGUGGCCGGGGGCGACAAGGUCCCACGCAAGGGUGGGCCGGGCAUCACCCAGUCCGACCUGCUUAUCAUAAACAAGAUUGAUUUGGCGGAAGCCGUCGGCGCCGACUUGGACAUCAUGCGCAGGGAUGCGCUCCAGAUGCGUGGCGGCGACUCGGCGGGACCCGAUGCACCGACGAUCUUUGCGUCAGUCAAGAAAGGUAUCCAAGUACAUGAAAUACGGGACUUUAUUCUC